AUGAAGGCCAACUACCAGUUCCAAAACCUGUGCGGUACAGUGUACCGCCAGGGCAACGUCGUCUUCACAGCGGACGGCAAUAGCGUCCUGUCUCCGGUCGGUAACCGUGUCUCCGUCUUCGACCUUGUCAACAACAAGUCGCGCACGCUCCCUUUCGAGAACCGCAAGAACAUUGCGUGCAUCGCUCUGUCUCCCGAUGGCCAGGUUCUGCUGUCUGUCGACCUCGACGGCCGCGCGCAGCUCGUGCACUUCCGCAAGGGUACCGUUCUGCACUGGAUGAACUUCCAGCGUCCGGUCAGCUGCGUCCAGUUCUCGCCUGACGGCAAGUUCUUCGCUGUCGGACUUGGCAACAAGAUCCAAGUCUGGCGAACGCCGUCGCACCUCGCGCGCGAGUUCGCCCCCUUCGUUCUGCACCGCGACUACGUUGGACACCAGGACGACGUGCUCAGCAUUACGUGGAGCAAGACGGGCAAGUACUUCCUUACGACGAGCCGGGACAUGAGCGCGCGCCUGUGGACGCUCGACCCCCUCGAGGGCUUCAAGCCCAAGUCCUUCGGCGGACACCGCGACGCCGUGCUCGGAGCAUGGUUCUCAGCCGACGAGAAGACGAUCUACACUGUCUCGCGUGAUGGGGCUGUCUUCGUGUGGGGCGCCAAGAAGGCUGUCGGCGAAGACAGCGACGAGGAGGAGGAGGACAUUCUCGACCUGCCCUCCACCUCUGCCAGUGCUGCGACGGUGGCCGAGUUCGAGGCGGCGUACACUCGCUGGGGCAUUCGCUCGCGCCACUUCUUCAAUCAGGCCGGCACCAAGGUGGCGUGCGCAACGUUCCACCAGGGCACCUCGCUGCUGAUCGUCGGCUUCUCCUCUGGCGUCUUCGGCCUCUGGGAGAUGCCCGACUUUACGCCCGUGCACACGCUCAGCAUCAGUAACGAGAAGAUCAGCAGUGUGGCUGUGAACCCGUCCGGCGAGUGGCUGGCGUUCGGCGCGGCCAAGCUCGGCCAGCUCCUCGUGUGGGAGUGGCAGUCCGAGUCCUAUGUUCUCAAGCAGCAGGGCCACUAUUUCGACAUGAACACGCUCUCCUUCUCGCCUGACGGGCAGCAUGUGGCCACCGGAGGCGAGGACGGCAAGGUCAAGCUGUGGAAUGCGGCGAGUGGCUUCUGCUUUGUCACGUUUUCGGAGCACAGCGCGUCGGUCAGCAGCGUCCAAUUUGCAAAGAGCGGGAGCGUCCUCUUCUCUGCCUCGCUGGACGGCACCGUGCGCGCCUUUGACAUGGUCCGCUACCGCAACUUCCGCACGUUCACGUCGCCUACGCCGGUGCAGUUCUCGUCCCUGGCCGUCGACCCGAGUGGCGAGGUCGUGUGCGCGGGCAGCAGCGACAGCUUUGCGAUCUACAUGUGGAGCGUGCAGACUGGCAAGCUUUUGGACAUUCUCGAGGGCCACACUGCGCCCGUCAGUGGCCUCUCGUUCUCGCCGAACGGCGACCGCCUCGCCUCGUGCAGCUGGGACCGCACCCUGCGCUUGUGGGGCGUGUAUGGCCGCGAUCGGUCCACGGAGCCGAUCACGCUGAGCGGCGAGGCGACCGACGUCGCCUACAGUCCGGACGGAAAGGAGCUCGUGGCCUCGACGCUGGACGGGCACCUUGCCUUUGUUGACGCUGGGUCGGGCGAGAUCCGCUCCGUGAUCGAGGGAAGGCGGGAUCUGUCGGGCGGCCGCAGGGCAGAGGACAAGAUGAGUGCGGCGAACAACGCGGCGUCAAAGUACUUCACAACAGUGUGCUGGAGCGCGGACGGGCGCUGCGUCCUCGCAGCGGGCAAGAGCAAGUAUGUCCUCCUCUAUGCGGCCGUCGACGGCGUCAUGCUCCGCAAAUUCACCAUCUCGGACAACCUCAGUCUCGACGGCACACAGGAGCUGCUCGACAGCCGCAAGAUGACCGAGGCGGGCAACCUGGACGCGCUCGACGAUGCGGCCGCCGACGCGUCCGACCUCGAGGACAGGCUCGACGAGACGCUCCCCGGCGCCAGCCGCGGCGACCUGUCCAAGAGGAAGUACAGGCGUGCGGUGGGCGCCAACUGUGUCCGCUUCAGUGCGACUGGACGCUCGUGGGCGGCGGCAACGACGGAGGGUCUGCUCGUGUAUUCCCUCGACGAAUCAGCCGCGUUCGACCCCUUCGACCUCGCGCUGGACGUGACGCCCGAGAGCGUGCUGACGUCGCUCGUGGCGGGCGAGCACCUCGUCGCGCUCAUCCUUGCGCUCCGUUUGAACGAGGCGCCGCUGCUCAUGCGCGUCUUCGAGGCCGUGCCGCCCGGCGACGUGCCCCUGCUCGCGCGCCAGCUGCCCCCGGUUCAUCUGCCCCGCUUGCUCCGGUUCCUGGCCCAGCAUGCCGAGCAAGGGCCCCACGUCGAGUUCGACCUCGUGUGGAGCGCCGCGCUCCUGACUGCUCAUGGACGGGAACUGAAGCAGAGGAAGGCAGAGUUCGCCCCCGCCAUGCGCGCGCUGCACAAGGCGCUCAUGGACUUUGAGGGCAGCGUCGCCAAGCUCAGCGACCAGAACAGCUUUGCGCUCCAGUAUGUCAUCGACCAGAACCGGAGGGCGGCCGGGAGCCAGGAGCUCGGCGAGAGGGAGAAUGGGGAUGUCGUUUACUAG